CCUUGAUCUCUGGAGAGGUGUCUGGCAGCGGCUCCUUCCCUAUUGGGACUUGUACACUCGGCGGAGCCCAGGAUGCAUGAAUAUGGCAGGAAGGAAUGAUAUGCCCCCCUUACAUAGUGGAAGAGCAGCGAUCCGGCAGCACCGAGUAUUUCAGCAGAGCCGUGUGCUGAUCCAGUAGCGUCACCACACUGAUCGGGCUCCACCUCAUGUCGCAGGCCCUCCCCACUGACGCAGCCGCCUCACGCCUCGUACUCCCGCUGUCAGUUCACCUGCCGGAGGCUGCGGACCGAGGGGCCCCUCUUAGAGAGCAGCGGAGCCCGCAGACGCCGGGAGGUUUGCUGCUGCCAGAUCUAAGCCUUUCUGGGAUGAGUGAGCUCCGCUUUCCUGAAGAGAAGCCUUUACUGAAAGGGCAGGACACAGAGAUGGAAUCUGCGGACACCUUCCUCUCUGCAGCAGACACUGACUGGAAGGAACAUGACAUUGAGACGCCUUAUGGCAUGCUGCAUGUUGUUAUACGAGGGACUCCGAAAGGCAAUCGUCCAGCAAUACUCACCUAUCAUGAUGUGGGCUUAAACCAUAAGCUCUGCUUCAACACCUUUUUCAACUAUGAUGACAUGCAAGAGAUCACUAAGCAUUUUGUUGUGUGUCAUGUUGAUGCUCCAGGUCAGCAGGUGGGGGCUUCCCAGUUCCCCCAAGGUUACCAGUAUCCCACUAUGGAGAACCUGGCAGCCAUGUUACCCAGUGUCCUGCAACACUUUGGCUUCCAGACAAUCAUUGGGAUUGGAGUUGGAGCUGGAUCUUAUGUUCUUGCAAAGUUUGCUCUGAUUUUCCCAGAGAUGGUGGAAGGAUUGGUGCUGGUGAACAUUGAUCCCAAUGGAAAAGGCUGGAUUGACUGGGCGGCCUCUAAGCUGUCUGGACUGACAAGUUCUCUUCCGGACACCGUGCUUUCUCAUCUCUUCAGUCAGGAGGAGCUGAUGAAUAACACAGAGCUGGUGCAGAAUUACCGCCAGCAGAUCAGUAGUUGUGUGAACCAGAGCAACCUGCAGCUCUUCUGGAACAUGUACAACAGUCGAAGAGAUUUAGAAAUGAAUCGUCCCGGGACUGUUCCAAACGCCAAGACUCUGAGGGCUCCAGUGAUGCUGGUUGUUGGAGAUAAUUCCCCGGCUGAAGACAGCGUGGUUGAAUGUAACUCUAAGCUUGAUCCAACAACCACAACAUUCCUGAAGAUGGCAGACUCUGGAGGACUUCCUCAGGUUACCCAGCCCGGGAAGCUGACAGAAGCUUUUAAAUAUUUCCUUCAAGGAAUGGGAUACAUUGCCUCCUUGAAGGAUCGGAGACAGAGUGCCAGUGCAGUGCCCUCAGCCAGUAUGACCCGACUUGCCCGAUCUCGCACAGCGUCCCUCACCAGCGCCAGUUCUGUGGAUGGAAGUCGCCCCAGGCCUUGCACUCAAUCAGAAAGCAGUGAGGGCAUUGGUCAGAUUAACCACACCAUGGAAGUGUCCUGCUGAAAACCCUUGGAGCAGCACAUUAUUACUCCCUUCUCCCCUCUUCUAGCCCACUCAUUACCCAUCUCUUCUUUACUGGUUUCUCUUCCUGCACCCCACCCCUUUAAACAGCGUCUGGCGUUUUUUGGGGAUCCAAAUACCAGAGUGACAGUAGUUAAUCAUCAUCUGGUGUGUGCUCUUCCCGCUCCCCUGUGACUGGAUGUGAGACGGGGGUAACGUCAGAUAGUGAUUGGAUCAGUGGUGACUGUGAAGAAUUAGGAGAGGUACCUUGUUCAGUGGUGGUAGCAAUCCUUCCUCUGGCUGCAGUCAGGUGCUCUGGCUAGCAGUGAUGGGAAGGACUUUGCUAUAACCAAACAAAAUUUGGUCCAACAAUGGUAGAAUGUGGUGUAGAAGACCAUUCUAUCAUGCUCACCAACCCAACUGUGGUCAAAGAAUAGCAGCCGAUACCAAGUUAUGUGAAAUUUGUAUUAUAAAGAGAGGAGAUAACUGGACGUGGUGUGAUCAUUCAGUAAAGGCAAAAUAUCAUACUAGAGAAUCAAGUUAAGCUGAUCUGGAUGACCUUAAUAAAUAAGGGUAUCCUAUAAGGUGGAUGACUUCAGGGGAUCCUACAGAGAGCUGUUCCUGAUUACGAAGGGAUCCAUGAUUGGAUUAGCACAGAGUGUGACUUGUGCAUGUAGAUGCCAUACUCCAAAUUUCAGUAAGAAACGAAUUAAGGCUUCUCCAUUGACAGUGGAGCGCGGCUCAGCUAGACGAUGUAUCCUGUGCUGGUGAAUGUUUGUGAGAUAAGCGGAGUGUGUGAGGGGCCCGUCCCUGUGUCCAUCAAACCAAUCUCCUGUUUUAAAGUUGUGUCCUGUCUCCUGCGUUCCGUCAUCUUGAUGUCUCCCUCUCCCCAUCUGCGUCUUCUGCCAGUCUCUCCAUCCUUGGUUGUGAGACAUCACUCCCUGGUUACUGUCACCUGGAGGGUAAUGAAUCCUGUCUGUGUGCGCGGUGACUCUAUACUCAUAUGUUCUAGUUAAAGAUCUGUGUUUAUUGUGGCGGUGGAUGCUUGUAGCUGCGAUUAAGCCAUCAGUACAAUUACUUCAUGAUAGUAAAGAAUGAAUUCAACAAACCUCAAUAAAAUAGUAAAUCUGU